GAUUUUUUAAUUUAUAAUUCUAAUUUAAUAUAUCGUAAAAUUAUUCGUCCAUAUAAACUUUAUUAAAGAUCGUUACUGUUAGCCAGAUCACUGGAACUCACAUUUGUGGCAUGUACAUUAUUUUGAAUCACCUACACAUUUGAGUUUUUCGCCCAUAAAUAAAGUUAAAAUUAUGCAAUAGCAAAUAUUUUGUAAAAUAGUAUCAAAAUGAUCACCAAAAUUGUAAAUAAAAGGAAUCUCCCGUUUCUAAGGGGUAGAAUCCAUGUACUAAAUAUUAUAUCAUUACCCAUUCUCGCAGUAUCCGUGGUUAAAAAUCACGAUGAAACACAAAUUAUAGCGGCGUAUUUCAUAUUCUUUGCCUGUUGUUUAUUUAAUCUUUUCGCCAGUUCAAUCCUACAUUUAAAGGAGUGGGAUAGUACAAGGGAUUCCUUGUUUAAAAGGCUAGACUAUGCAGGGAUUUUUCUAGUGAUAGGAAGCUCUGCGUUCCCAGCAAUUCUGUACUAUAUUAAAAACGAUUCGAUUUUGUUAUUUAUAUCAUUAAUCCACUGGAUUGUCAUAUUUGGAGGUGUUUUUGGAGCGUUGCUAUUUAAUUUUAUCAACACAUCAAAGUCCUUUCGAUCGAUUAUAUACCCAUUUUUCGGAGCUCCAUAUGUUUAUCUGGCGUACAAAUUUAUAGUAAAUGGAAAAUACUAUUCCGCCUUAAUGGGAUUCUUUACAGCAUUUUUUUAUAUAACAGGAGCAGUUUUCUACGCUAAAGAAAGCCCAAACCUUGUUCCUGGCAUUUUUGAAUUUCAUGAACUGUUUCAUGUUUUCUGCUGGUUUGCAUUUAUGGCAUCGUUCUUUCUUAAUUUUCAAUUAACGAAGUUAAAGCCGUGA